AUGGGGAAACUCAUGCAUCAAGAUGGAACCCUCAUUAGGAGGUUUGGGAAUGAAACCUUCCUGGAGGUGAUACAACAAACUAUGAUGCAAUCUAAUUUAAUCUCCAUCAACAUGAUGAAAGCUUUCUUAGAUGAUGAGAUAGACUACUUUGAAGAAGAUGUGGAUAUAGCUUACUUGGAUGAAGAAAGCAAGGAUGACUGUACUCAGUUGUAUGCAGCAGCACAGGAGAACGAGGCACAAAUACGAGAACUGCCUGUGGAACCCACUAAGGCCGUCACUACAAAUCCAUAUGGCACUAGAAUGAACCCUAACAAAAACAUAAUAAGUGAUGAUCCAGGGAUUCAUGAGCAAAAUGUACGGCAGGAAAGUUUACCACCACUGAACCCGAUAGUGAAAGUUAGCUCAACAACCUUUGAUAACAAGAAGAAACAAAUCAUUAAGGAAUUACAAUACAGGACAUUCAAAGCUGCUGAAAGUCAAGAAUUAGCCAAAAGCACUUAUCUGGAGUCAUUCGAAGAUGAACUGGCUCGAGUAAACUUGAAUAUGGCUCACGAGUUAAACAAGCAAUAUCCCAUUAUGCCUUUGAAAGAAAUCCGGUGUUCGGAUGCCAAUGGAAACCAAGGGACAUUACUCAGGCAGUUUAAUAAUGUAUACCUCAGGCAGGCUAACAUAGUCACAAAUGUGGUAUUCUUUUUUCAAUGGAUGAACGAGUAG